AUGAUUGCCUUCCUAACAUUGGCUGUGCUUGUACAGAGUGCUUUCGCUGGAAACCUUGUAGAAGUUCUCCAAAACGACGGGGAAACAACUCUCAUUGCUCUUGUACAGCAAGCAGGAUUAGCUGAUGCUCUUUUAGGAGGGGAAUUCACUAUUUUUGCUCCAACAAAUGCUGCUUUUGCCAAGCUUCCCCAAGCUACACUUGACAGUCUAUCAAAGGACACGACAGCUCUGGCCAACAUCCUGAAAUAUCACGUGGUCAAGGGAUCAAUCCACAAAGCUGAUGCCUCUAACGAACUUCAGUUGGAGACUUUGGCGGGAACCAAAAUCAGAUUCAACAUCUACAGUCAUAACCAUGUUGUGACAGUGGAAGGAUCCAAAAUCACACACUUUGAUCUGACCGCAUCAAACGGAAUGGUUCACGUCAUCGACACCGUGAUGAUGCCCCCUGAAGGCAGUAUUGUGGAUCUCGUGGCCGGAAACAGUGACCUCAGCACUCUUCUGUCAAAGGUCCAGUCAGCUGGCUUGGCCGGAGCUCUGCAAGGCGAUGGAUUAACAGUAUUCGCACCAACAAAUGCAGCAUUUGCAAGACUUGGCAGUCAUGUUUUGGACAACCUUAGAAGAAACCCAAACCUUUUGAAAGAAAUUCUUGAGUACCAUGUUGUUCCACAUACUGAAU